GGUGCUAGUUAGCGUCUGGAUCAGACAGUGUCCAGGAGCCCUUGAGUGGUCUGUACGCUUUCCUCUUCAUUAUUGCGUCAGUGUGCGUAUUGUCUGUGGUUUCCUUGGCUCUCGUGAUUCGUACAGAGAGUUCUUACGAAACACACGCCUGAUGACGCCAUGACCUUAUCGACAUUCCGGUAUAUUUUCCUCCUCGGUUGUAUAUCAUCUGGUUAUUCGAAACGGGGGCUGAAGCGUUCCAAUGAUGUUUGACUUUCAGCUUACAUGACCGGAUCAUUUUUCAAUGUUUCUUCUUAGCGGCGUGAUGUCCUCGUGUGUUUCGUAGAUAGUCUUAAGUCUCAUCAGAAAGUGCGGAUAAAGUAAUGAGGUUUUCAAGACAGAGAGGAUUGUACAUGGUAUUGGCAGCGGGUGGGUGGACCUGCUUCCUCGUACUGUGCCUGGUCUACCCGAGGCAAAUACCCAAUAAUCUGGAUCGGUACGGAGAUGGGGAGGACCCGUCGCCCUCCUACUUAAACCUAAGAGAGUACGAGCCGCCCUUGAAUGCGGUGAUGCUCCUUGAAGGCUACAACAACACUCGCCUUACUCUGCGCAUGUACUGUGCUUUGGAGUCAGCCGCCCGCGCCCACCACCCCACGCCCGUCGUCCUGUUCAUGACUGCGAAGAAACUCAAAGAGACGCGUCUCCUAGAAAGUCUGAAAAAGGAUCUCAUCAACAUCCAGAUAGUACACCUGGACGUCAAUAAAUUAUUUGAUAAGUCCCCCCUCGCCGACUGGUUUACUCAGAGAAGAUGGGAAGAGAGCAACUGGCCACUGUCACACUUCAAUGACGCAAUAAGAUGGCUGUUACUGUGGUAUUAUGGAGGGGUUUAUCUCGAUCUGGACGUGGUUGUGAAGCGCCCUCUUACUGAGCUGCCCAACUGCACCGGCCUCGAAUCGGGUCAGUGGGCGUCGGCUGGAGUGCUCAAGUUCACGCCCGCCCACCCUCUCAUAAGGGAGUGUUUGGACCACUUCGCCGCGCAUUUCGACGGGAGGGUGUGGGGCGCCAACGGACCCAAACUACUGACGAGAGUUCUCACGAAAAGAUGCGGGCUGCAGCUUCCUUCGGGCCGAGUUCCGUUUUGCUCCGAUAUCAGUGUGUUAUCUCCCCGUGCCUUCUACCCCCUGCCGUGGUGGGACUGGAAACUGUACAUGCAGGACGACGCCCUCCUCAGCGACCUCCUCCUUCAGGACCCAGACGUGUACGUUCUCCACAUGUGGAAUCUGCACUCCCGCCAGCUGCCCGUGCGGCUACACUCCGAGCAGCCGUACGCCCGUGCCGCCCGUCACCUCUGCCCGCUGACUGCCGCCCACUCCGGCUCCGAAAUGUGAAGACGGAGGAGGAGGACGGGAGGAUAAUGAAUGUUAGGAAUGAGAAGACGUGGAGAGGUUGAUGAUGGAGAGGAUGGAGAUUUGGGUGGAGAGAGUGAGGAGAACAGAAGAUGGGGAUUCAUAAAACAACGACAGUAGCGAAGAUUAUUGCAACAACGAUAACAACAAGAACAUAAUAUAUCGAUAUAUUAUUUAUUGUGUGUGUAUAUAUAUAUAUGUGUGUGUGUGUGUGUGUGUGUUUGUGUGUGUGUGUGUGUGUGUGUGUGUGUGUGUGUG